AUGCCUGGGAAUUACGUUUUGCUGUUGAUUGUAGGUCUGAUUUUGGCUGCGCAAAGUGUGAGAGGUGGUCGAAGCUGUGACUCCAGAUUUAUACAGUUUGACAAGAAUUGCUAUUUCUUUGGCACGAUUAAGAAGUCAUGGGAUGCAGCGAGACGGGAAUGCCGGACAUUGGGUGCUGAUCUUGUUGCCAUAGAAACCUAUGCAGAAGACAACUUCAUCUACAACCAGAUCCUGUCCAUGUCUGCCUCUUCUCAACUGCUUGGUUACUGGACUAGUGGUUUAAUGGUCCACAGAGGACGAUGGGAGUGGCAAUCUACCAGUCGUUCUAUCAUCAGCUACACAAGGUGGUAUCCUGGACAGCCAGAUAAUCCCGUGACCCAGCAUUGUCUUAAUCUAUUUACGAAAUUUUCCUACUACUGGGAUGACUUCUACUGCUAUGGUGAAUUGGGGUUUAUUUGCGAGAAAGCUGGCGGCACUUCACUCAAUUCAGAUUCAGUUUCUUAG